UGUAGUAAGAUGCUGUGGAGUCACUAUUUGUCUUCUCUGUGCCGUACUGCCCUCCCCGUGACCCCCCUCCAUUAUGUGUGCUAGUCAUAAUGCCCUUUAAUUCCCUUCCGCCUCUCUCCCAACACACCCUUUCUCAGUAUGUUUUAUCAUUUUCACUGAAGUUUGCCAGCGGUCCCGUCCGCAUCCCGUACACCUGAGGGAACGUUUCCCUCCGUGCUGGAUGCAGCGUCCUCUCCAUAGCAACAAGGUUCGCGCCGUAGAGCGAGCGGCUCUAGGUCUGAGGAACGUGGUGUCGUCAAGCCGCGAGUGUCGUAAACCAGGUGCGGUGCGGAGAGGCGCAGGACGUGGCUGGAGCACUGGGACGGCCGCAGGAGGAGCAGACGGACUUUUCCAGGUGUGGGCGCGGAAAGCCAACGAGCCGGCGGUGCAGCAACGAUAACUGUGGCAUUGCAAGAGGCUUUUGUCCUGUAAGCUACUGGAGAGUGUUUACCCCACACUUGGCACGAACUCUGAGGCCCUUUUGCCCUUUGGUAUGAAAAGGCAUCAGGGCGGCUGGGAUGAAACGUGAGCAUUUACCUCUGCCACUGCAGGACAGGCAGUCAAGGCUGUGACGGUCUUGUGUGAGGAAGACCCAUCAAGACCCUUUGAGCUGCAUGUCCAUGUGACUGAAGAUGGCUAUGGCUGGGGCCUCUGGCAGUGGCUCGCAGGCCAUUUGCCUUCAACAUCCCCAGGGAAUGGUAAAGCAGACAACUUGGUCCACGACAGAAGACAAUGUAGGCUGUAGCCCACUGGGAGACCUGCCCCUGACUUUUAGAGAAGUCAGCAGAGCCUUAGCAGAUGUGCAUUGUGACUGCAUCUCACAUCCACCUGGACACUACAUGGCCCUGGACAUUUUGACACAUGGACCAGUGAUGGCUGGCCAGUCUGACACCUUGGGGAGAAGACUUGGAAGCUGGCCUCCUGUGUGUUCCUGGAAUAACCACAGAGUGGUCCUCCCAAAUUCUGGUAGUGUACCCAAAAUGGUAAGAGUAUCUUACCAGGGAGUUUUUUCUUAUCACUGUGGCCAGUGCAUGUGGCUCCCGUAGCCCUUCAUAUCAACCCAUGAGUAACUCCCACAGGAGAUGGGUGAAGGUCUGGUAUGCUAAAGCAGGAUGGGAUCCCAUUCCUGCCACUGUCUUAUCACAGGACCACCCUUUUACAUGCAUCCUACCUGAUGGACAAGAUUUGUCUCUGUUGAUGCCAUUAAAACAUGUAUCUUAUCACCCUUACAGUAAUUCUCUUCUUCAGUCUUAGUGGAUUGGGCAUGCCCUCCAGCAACAGCUGCUGCCUGCUGCGCAUGCCUGGAGACCCCUGCCGGUUCAGCUGCUGGCCUUCCGUGGACAUUGCCAUAGCUGUCUUUGCACUGGGCCAUUGUGGAAGUUGGAGGCACAUAAAUUGUGAGGUGUGCUGUGUCAUCUCCUGGAAGAAACCUCUCUUUUGCCGACUUUCUCGACGGUUGCUGCUGAAGGGCAUCCACAAUCAGAGAAGAGACAUGGAGACACACAGACGGAAGAGGCAGCUUUGUGAGGACGGAGGCAGAGGUUAGGCUGACAUGGCAACUAGCCAAGGAGCGCCAAGGAGAGCGGCAGCCCCCGGAAGCUGGAAGAGGCCUGGAGCACAUUCUCCCUCCCUCUCCACCAUGAACCACCCUGCCACACCUUGACCUUGGACAUGUGCCUCCAGACAGCGAGAGGAUAAGGUUCUGCUGUUUAAGCCACCCAGUCUGUGGUAUUUUGUUAUGGCCACCUCACCAUGGACAGUGCAGAGUCCACAAAACUCUGUAAACAGAGCAAUUAAUCAAUCAUUAUGCCGUUCUUAUGGCAUCACACAAAAGGUCCCAGGGUGCAAUGAUAUAAGGCACUGGAGUAGGGAGGGUGGAGCUUUGAGCAAAUGGGUUUGUAGCCUUCUUUUACAAGCUGAAACUCAUGAAUGCUGUUAGUUUUUCUGCUCAAUCGACCAUCUCUUAUUCUAUGUUCACUGUGUUAAGACAGUCGGGAGUUUAGCUUGAAAUACGGAGGUGUAGGCAAACAUGCUUCCUUCUUUCCAGAAAUGUCAGGGGAGAUGAGAUGAAAACACUAAGUCAAUCAAAGAUAAAAAAUAUUAAAUUAAGUGCCUCAGCUGAGUGUUAAAAGAGAUAUGUGCGCAAAAAGGUAGUAUUAAAGUAUGAAUAUACGAAGCAAUGGGCAAAGUUAUAGUGGACUUUCAGCUACUAUUAUAACAAUUGGAUUUCUGAGAAAGGCACCCCACCAGUGACUGGGAAGUUCAAGAACAUUUAGUCACUGUAACUGUAUGUUCUGUCUAUCGGUUGCCCCUAAUUUGCACAAAAGCAUCACGUAACACUUUGUAAAGAGAUGUUUAUUGACUUGAUCAAUAUAAUGCCUAAUAUAGAAAUUCAAAACAACAUAUGUGCUAUAAUCAUUGCUGCAAUCAUUCUUGUUUUCAUUAGAGAUGGUUGAUGAAAUUGUUGAGAAAUUUCAUUCUUGAUCAGAGCUCAGGAGGAGCAGAAGGUGCUCACUUGGGGUGGACAGAGAGAGUCCAGAGAACCAGAUAAGCUGGUGCUCAUUAGUGUCCUACUGCAUGUUACCAGGAUAUAUAAUACUCCACUGGGACACCGGAAAGUGAAAUGAACAUUCAGAAGUCCUACUCAUCACGUGCACUACAUUAACAGCCUCUUCAUCCCCGGGUUUUAUUCACAGAGUCAGCUGAGGUCUCUGGUGGUGUGGGAUCCAGCUUCCCGGAAGAACAAA